UGUAGAUGCUUGGAUAACAAUGUAUGCUGUGAGAGGAAAACUGCUCCGAUGUAUACCAGUACGUCAUGUGCUGCGUACAGCAUUCAAGUCGAGUGCUGCAGCGGAACCCUUCCUCAACGGAUCAUCCUCCACUUAUGUUGAGGACAUGUAUGAGAGCUGGAGAGAAGAUCCGUCCAGUGUACACAAAUCGUGGCAAAUCUUCUUCUCCCGGACGGAAGGAGGAGCAGGACCUGGAGAAGCGCAUGUUUCAGCACCCAACAUGCCUGUCUAUCCCAUGUUCGCACCAAGCGCUGCAGUUCCAAUGACGGAAGCUUCGGCUGGCGAUGCAAUACAAAGCACCAGAGCCGGACAGAGUAUGAUUCUGAAACAUCACAACUUUCAACGAUUACUGAGAGCAUAUCAGUCUUCUGGCCAUCACAUAGCGAAGUUGGAUCCACUUGGUAUUGGCUCUGCGGAUCUUGACAGCACGGUCCCAGAUAUACUCACUCUGGAAUACUACAACUUUACAAAACAAGAUAUGGACCAGUACUUUCAACUGCCAAAGUACACGUAUCUUGGUGGUGAUGAAAGGGAGCUCACUCUCAGGGAGACUAUCAACCGACUGGAGAGAGUAUACUCCGGAUCUAUUGGUGCAGAGUUCAUGCACAUGCACGAUCCUGGGGCAAGAGAGUAUAUCAGAAAGUGGGUCGAAAAACCCGGAAUAAGGAACAUGACCAGUGAAGAGAAGCGAAUCUUAUUAGCCCGACUUGUUCGAUCUACCAGAUUUGAAGAGUAUCUUGCGAAGAAAUGGCCUAGUGAGAAAAGAUUCGGGUUGGAGGGCUGUGAGGUACUGAUCCCAGCCAUGAAGCAGAUAAUCGACAUUGCUAACUCUCGGGGGGUUGAUAGUUUCGUGAUAGGAAUGCCACAUAGAGGCAGACUUAACGUGCUGGCUAACGUGUGCAGGAAGGAACUUGAGAAACUCUUCAACCAGUUCAACCCUGAUCUGACACCAGAGGAUGAGGGUUCUGGUGAUGUAAAAUAUCACCUUGGGAUGUAUCACCGCCGUAUCAAUCACCUGACCAACAAAGAAGUAGAGCUAUCGGUAGUCGCCAAUCCCUCGCAUUUAGAGGCUGUCAACCCUGUCGUCUGUGGUAAAGUCAGAGCAACCCAAUUCUUUAAUGGCGAUGAAGCUGGACAGAAGACCAUGGCUAUCCUACUGCACGGUGACGCGGCGUACAGUGGACAGGGAGUAGUGUACGAAACUAUGCAUCUCAGUGACCUGCCAAGUUACACUACUGGAGGCACAAUCCACAUCGUAGUCAACAAUCAGGUGGGUUUCACAACAGAUCCCCGAUUUUCCCGGUCCUCUCCCUACUGCACUGACGUUGCCAAAGUUGUUAAUGCUCCCAUACUUCACGUUAACGCUGAUGAUCCGGAGGCGGUUAUGCACGUGUGCAACGUGGCUGCUAACUGGCGCGCCGACUGGGGUAAGGACGUCGUGAUAGAUCUAGUGUGUUACCGACGAAACGGUCACAACGAGGCGGACGAGCCCAGUUUUACCCAGCCCCUCAUGUACAAGAGAAUCAGGGAGCUGCCCAAUGUGCUGAACAAAUAUGCUGACCAGUUGGUUGCGGAGGGAACUGUCUGUCAAGCUGAUAUUGACGAAGAGAUAGCAGCAUUCGAUAAGAUCAUGAACGAAGCUUAUCAGAAGAGUACUGCCAUCACCAAGAUGAAGCUCACUGAUUGGCUGGACAGUCCCUGGGACCAUUUCUUCGAGUGUGACGCGAACAAAGUGCCAAUUCUACGUGAAACGCCCCCCACCGGUAUCAGCGACAGUGUUCUGAAGAGAAUAGCAGAGACUUUCAGUGCUGAUCCCCCCAUCAAGGUUCAUCCGGGAAUCAAGCGUAUUCUGAAGGGACGAACAAAGAUGGUGGAGGCUCAGCAGGCAGACUGGGCACUGGGCGAGGCGCUGGCUAUUGGCUCCCUCCUCAUGGAGGGCUACCAUGUGAGGCUUAGUGGGCAGGAUGUGGAGAGAG